UCAGCGGCCCCGGGGCUCUUGGCAGCCGGAGCCGCCGCCGCUCCGCAUUCCUCCGUCUUCCUAAAAGGGGCGAACAUGGCGAUGGGCAGGAUGAGGUGAAGAGGAGGAGAGGAAAAAGAAAAGGAAAAAAAGGAAAACGAGAAAAAUAAAAAAGAAAAGGAAAAAAAGCGGGGGAGAGAAAGGAAAAAAAAAGAACAGAAAAAGGAAAACAGGGACGGGGGAUGCAAGCAGCGGCGGCGCGGUGAUUUCUCCCCCCCCCUUCCUCCUCCAAAAGGCAAAAAAAAAAAAAAAAAAGGGCAGCAAAAAAGCCAGCCAAAAAAGAGAGGAAAAAAAAAAAGGGGGGGGGGGGGGGGAAGAAAAAUUGCAUCCAACCCAGCAAACCACCCAUCCCAACAGUUCUUGUUUUUUCAUGGAGAGCAAAAACCCCAGGCAAGCGGAGGAGGACCGGGACUCCUUUGCGCGGAGACCUUUGCAUCAAAAUGCUGAUAGUCGAAAAAACGACUGACUACCCUUCGGCUGAGUACUCCCUGGUGGAGGAUGUAGCCCUCCACUUCACGUGUUUGAUGGACAGACUGAACGAGCAGCGCCUCUUUCAGCCGGACCUGUGCGACGUGGACAUCGUGCUGGUGCAGCACAAGAGCAUCUUCCCAGCGCACAAGGGGGUCCUGGCAGCCUAUAGCCAGUUCUUUCACUCCCUCUUCACCCAGAACAAGCAGCUGCAGCGCGUGGAGCUCUCUCUGGAGGCUCUCACCUCACAGGGCCUCCAGCAGAUCCUCAACUUCAUCUACACCUCCAAGCUCCUUGUCAACUCCUGCAAUGUGCAGGAUGUGCUGAACGCAGCCGCUGUGCUGCAGAUGAACAACAUUGCCUCCUCCUGCCAGGACCUCCUCGACACCCGCUCGCUCAGCCUGGCCACUGACAUGGCCUUGCCUGCUGAGGGCUGCGCUGGACCCCCACCCUACUACUGCGAGAUCAAGCAGGAGGUGGAUGCCCCCCAUCCCAAGAUCUACGCCCGGGAGGGCAACGACCCCUAUUCAGUACGGGUGGAAGAUGGCACAGGUGGUGGGACGCUCCCCCCUGGUGCAGCCAAGCAGUACUACAAGGAGGAGAAGGAUGGUGGUCCAGGUGCCGUCUGUAAGAUGGAGGGUGAGGAGUCCGAGGAGGACCUGGACAGCCAGGGCUCGUACAACCGGGAGCAGAUCAUCGUGGAGGUGAACCUCAACAACCAGACCCUCAAUGUCUCCAAGGGCACGGAGGGGAAGGGAGCUGCCAGCGAGGCAGCUGUGAUGGGGCGGCCUGAUGGUGAUGGGCGUGAGACAGAGGAGGAUGGGGAGGAGGAGAAUGAGGAAGGGGAGGAGGAGGAGGAAGAGGAGGAGGAUGCGGAGGUGGGGGAGGAGGAGGAGGAGGAGCACAGCGAGGAGGAAGACCUGGAGGAGACAACGGAAGAAGAGGAUGAUGACGACGAUGAUGAAGACGCGUCAGAAGUGAAAAGGGAAAAGGGUGGGCAGCCCCGCAGAGGGAGCCGGGCCUCCAAAGCCACCAAACCUGCCAUGGCAACCAGGUCCCAGGAGAUGGCCAAGGUGGAAGAGGAGGAGGAGGAGGAGGAGGAAGAAGGACAGCGAGGGAGGAAGAGGAAAAAGGAGCAGGAUGGUUUGGGCCAGAAGGUGAAGCUGGAGGAGAAGCAGCACUACCCAUGCAAGAAGUGCCCCCGAGUCUUCAACAACCGCUGGUACCUGGAGAAGCACAUGAACGUCACGCACAGCCGCAUGCAGAUCUGCGACAAGUGUGGUAAACGCUUCCUGCUCGAGAGCGAGCUGCUGCUGCACCACCAGACUGACUGCGAGAAGAACAUCCAGUGUGUGACGUGCGGGAAGGGGUUCAAGAAACUCUGGUCCCUCCAUGAGCACAACAAGAUCGUCCACGGCUAUGCCGAGAAGAAGUUCUCCUGCGAGAUCUGUGAGAAGAAGUUCUACACCAUGGCCCACGUGCGCAAACACAUGGUUGCUCACACCAAGGACAUGCCAUUCACCUGCGAGACCUGCGGGAAGUCCUUCAAGCGCAGCAUGUCCCUCAAGGUCCAUUCACUCCAGCACUCCGGGGAAAAGCCUUUUAAAUGCGAAAACUGCAAUGAGCGCUUCCAGUACAAGUACCAGCUGCGCUCCCACAUGAGCAUCCACAUCGGCCACAAGCAGUUCAUGUGCCAGUGGUGCGGCAAGGACUUCAACAUGAAGCAGUACUUCGACGAGCAUAUGAAGACGCACACGGGUGAGAAGCCCUACAUCUGUGAGAUCUGCGGGAAGAGCUUCACCAGCCGCCCCAACAUGAAGCGGCAUCGCCGGACCCACACAGGCGAGAAGCCAUACCCCUGCGACGUCUGUGGCCAGCGUUUCCGCUUUUCCAACAUGCUCAAAGCCCAUAAGGAGAAAUGCUUCCGCGUCAGCAACCCCUUGGCUUCGGACACGGCCGCCCCCCAACCUGCCACCAGCCCAGCUCCAUUGCCACCCGGCCCUGGCGUCUCCCCCCUGCCCCUGCCGCUGCUCCAUCCCCUUCCACAGACCCUCCCUCCUCCUCCUCACCUACCGCCACCCCCUCCCCUGUUUCCUGCAGGGAGGGUAAAUUCGAACAACAACUAGGUGCCCCCCAUCCCGGCCAUGCGCCUGCACAGACUGCUCUGCCCUUUGGGAAUGCCUCCCCCCAGGGGAGCCAAGGCUUCGCUUGCUCUCUACCCCCCUUCCUCCUCAUUUUGGGGUUGUUUUGGUUUGUUUUUCCUUUUUCCGUCAUUCUCCAUGGAGAGGGGGAGCAGGAGGAAGCCCCCCGCCCCAAGGAGCAUGGGUGUUGAGGGGGGAGGAACCGCCAUCCGUCCGUUAAGGGUGUAGGUAAAAGGCUUCGCUCUCCAUUUCAUCUUCCCAUGCAUCGGCUUCAUCUUCAGCUGGGAUGCUGGUGGUGCUUGGAGGAGCAGGAUGCCGUGCCAUCCGGGGUUGUGCUCACCGGCAUUGCGUGCCCCGUCACUAGCCGAAUGAAUGCCUGCCGGUGCUUCGAUAUUUAUAAUAAGCCGAAAUCUAGUUAGUGGUGCUUGAAUCCUGUACUGUAAAGCUGGUCUUUCAAUCCAGGCUUUUUUCCCAAGAGGUUGAGAGGUGAGCACCACGGAAGAACCCCCGCCAGCCCCGUCUGCCAGCCCUGGUGGCCCGCGAUGGGUGAGCAGAUGUCCCUGUUGGAAAGCUGUCAGCCUGCCCUCAUUAGCAGCCCUUGCCACGUCUUCCUUCCCCGUGACAGGUUUUCCUGCUAGGUAGGCAAAAGCACAAACACCAGCGUUGCAUCUUGGGGCACCAACAGCUCACUGCUGGUUCAUUUUUGGGGUGCCCUAAGGGAGUUGGGCUCUGGUGUGCCCUUUCUGCUAAUCCCAGCAGGAGCUGGGCUCCUGGGGGUGCUUUGGAGUUGGAAAAUGUCCCUGAGAGAGCUCAGAUGGGCUUGGGAGUGGCUGGAAUGUGGUCUGGGAUAGAGGAGCAGGAUGCUGCCAUUUCUCAACAGAAUCGGCCCAGAAUAGUGCCUUAACAAUUCGAAUAAACCCGUCUGAUGGGUGAGCUCCAGGCUAAGUCCCAUUACAAGGUUCAGAGCUAAAGCAAGACCACGUUCAGCCCGAUGAUGAUGUCCCAUCCUCCAGCCUGUUGCCUGCGUCGUUCUCCCAAGCUUCGCCGCUCCUGUGGGGUUGUCAUCUGUUUUCCUGCCCUGCUUGGGGGGACCAGCGGGGACCACUGAGGGCUAUGUUUGGUUUGGUGAUGUCCCAUGGUGUUGGUUAACACUUCUUUGGCCACGUUGUGUUUGUUGAAGCUGAGUUUGUCUUUGGUUUCACUUCAGGCUGGCUUCAUGCUGGUGGUAGAGAAUAGGAGGCUUUGCUGUUAACUUUUUGUUGGUCCAAACUGGGUCUCUCGCUGCUGUGCUCUGCAUCAGGGAGUCAUGCAUUGGUCUGACUAUGGCUGUGUGGUCCUCCUGUCUGGGGAAGCAUCCCCUUUGGAGCUGGGGAGAGCUGGGAGCACUGCAGGGGCUGCAGAGCAUCCAGCAUGGACAGAGAGGUGCUGGCCAAGAGGUAAUGUGCAUUGCAGUUGAUGCCUUGCUCUCAAGGCCAGCGCUGUGGAUGCAUGUGGUCAGGUCAUGGAGGAAGUGGUGAGCAGGGCUAUUGGUAGGCAAGAAAGAAGAGAGGAACUUGAGCGGGCUGCAGGAGCCCUUUCUUAUUUGCAUCUUGUUCUGGGUGACAGCAGGGUGCUGGGCACAGUGGGCCACAUCUGGCUCUGCAAGAAAUCUCGGUGCUUUGUCUCCUGGACCAAAUCAGAAAAUGCUUGGGCAGCAUUGAGGCUGUCCCUGCAGAGAUGGGAAGAUUCAGCCAUGUGCUCAAGGGCUUUGCUGAGUGGGAACAUGCAGGAAUGCUGGCCUGAUAGGGACAGGACAGGGGACCAUCAGCUGUUGUCCUGACUGCUCUUUGAUGUGAUAGGUUAGGUGACUGGUGUCCCCUCCUGCUGAGUGGUGGUCCCCUGUGCCUGAUGUCUUCAGAAAGCUGGCUGUUCUUGUAGUGUUAGCAUUUUGGAGCAACAGAUCACUUUUCCUCUUCAUGUUGGCUGAGAUCCUGUGGACUCCCAACGUUGCAGUCAGUACCAGUGAGCUUACCCUCAUCUCCAUCUGCAUUGAGCAAAGGGAGCGUGCUGUGGCAGAGCUGUCUUGCCAUAUUGACCUUCUCAGAUGGGUACCAAAAGCUUCUUUGCUCUCCUUCCUCCAUGACCCUGGGGCUUAUUAGGAUGGUGCAAAGCCUUCUCAAACAUACACCCAUGAGGGUAGUCUUGGGGCCAUUGGCUUUCUGAAGGGACCAUGAUCCAGACAGGAAGAUGAUUGCUUUAGAGAAGCAUUCAGUGAUACCCUUGGAUGUGUUAGGAGGGCCUUAGAGUGGUCCAUGCUGCAGCCUCCUCCACUGCCUCCCAGAUCCCAUCCCCUCAGGCUCCCCUGUGCUUCUUACCUGUCACACUCAGCCUUGAGAUGGGAUAGGAGCACUUACACCCCAAGGAGGGCUGACCUUGCCUGUAUGGUUUUUGUGAUGGACCACAUCAGCUUACCUGGCUGGUAGACUUAUCCCCCCAAGUAAAUACUCAGCAACAUUUGCUCCCUUGUACCGCUCACCUGGAGGUGGCUUUCCCUGUCCCUGUUUGUCCUCUCCCAGUGAGGACCUGUCCCACUUGGAUGUCACUGUGAGAUGAGAGCACCUUGUUGAGGCUAGAAGCCCAGCAGAAAGCCCAGUGACUGAUCCCAUCUGCGUCCGAUCCCCUUCAAGAGCCUGCUCGUAGAGCCACUUGGAGACGUCGAGAUGUGACCAUGCACACAGCACUUUGGAGAACCAGAUCCCUGCUGCUCCCUCCCCUCUCCAGGGCCUGGGCAGUUCCCAGGAGUCCUACACGGCCUCUGAGCCCUUUUGUCUACACCCUUACUCGGCCCCAGUGUGUGUUUUUGUGUCUGGUUUUCGUUAAUGUACUAAGAGCUCAAAAUGAGUCAGUCCCGCAUCCAUCCCGGUUGGCCCUGUUGGUACCCAUUGGGUUAGACAGGGCGGGAGGCGGGGGAGUUGGGUCCGUUGUUUUCAAGCUUUUUAUGGUUUAUUUUAUUUUUUUUUAUUAUUUUUUUUUUAAACUCUUGCACCUUAAUCUCUCACAUCCCUUCUUCGACAGACCGCGAGGGUGGAGAGGGGCUUGAUUUCCAUUACGCAGUUCAUGAAUAUGCCGCAACACAAUGUUCAACUGACAACUCUGCCCAUGCACCUAACCCCAGACCUGUCUGGGUUUGAAAUUCUCCCAUCUGCUUUCAUUUGAACUCUGGGAAGGGAGGGAGUCAUGUGGGGAGGGUCAUUCUUUGGUUUAUCUAUCCCAGGAGCCUGGUAGCACAGACCAGUUAGUCUCAUAAUGUCCAUGAGGCACAGCUGGCCCUUCGGACCACAGCCAUAACCCCAGUGCGGUGGGAAGAUGGUGAUGGAUGGACAGCCGGCGGGUGGGAACGGCUGUGACAGUGCAAUAGAAACGAGCAUCCGCUGCUAGACAACUCCACUGAUUAAACUCUUGGUUUGCCCGAAGCUGAGAGGGAAGGACGGACAGACAGACGCCCUUUGUUCACACGGAUGGAGAGAGCUUCCCCACACGCAGCCCUGCCUAGCGACAUGUAACCAUGAUGGGAGUUGAGUCGAACUUGCAAAGGAAGAAAAGAAUAAUUAAAAAAGCAAAAAAAGGAGUAGGAACAACCUCAGUAGCAUGGAACUUGAAGGAAACGUAUGGAACCCCAAGCACUUGCCUCAAAACUAAUUUCUCAUGCCUGGUGUUUGGCUCUGUUUUAUUUUAUGGCAUUCAGUAUCGGUUGCCCAAACAUGCCAAGUUAAGAGUGUAUCAGUGGCUCUACUAGUGUGAACAAACUAAAUGAAGCACUUUAUUCUGUAUAGAUAAGGGAAGGCGGGGAGGGGAAGCUUGGAUGCUUUUCAGAAGCGUCUUAAGUAAUGUUCUAGGAAAUGUAUUACUUUUUUUUUUAUGACCAUGUGUAAUCAAUAUAUGUUUAUCUUUAACUCCAAGUACAGCAGUUACUCUCUUUGGGAUUGUGUGAUGAGGGGGAGGCUGAGAUGGUCGGGUUCAUCCAUCAACAUGGGGCCAACUGGGGCAAGUCAUUGCCUACCGCAGGAGCGGGCAAGUCUUGCUUCAUUGACAGCCCCAUAGGCCAAUGUCUGGGAGGUCCCAAGAGGUGCCUCAAAGCUGCCUUCCAGGGCACAGCUCACAGUCAGCCUUGAUGCUGAGGGCCCAGUGUGCAUCCCCAUCCCGAACCAUCUUCUGUCUUGGGGUGCUGGGGCUGCUCUCUGGGCCACCCAUGAGCAAGACGAGUCAUGGUAGGGUAGGCUGUUUUGAGUUGUCGCUAGAGGCCAGGUCCUUGGCCAUGCUUUUGGCCUCUCACCAAGGCAUAUCAACUCUGACAGUGGUGAGAGGUCAGAAUUGGGCCUUUCCACUGCGUUCUCCCAGUCUGGAAGUGUUAUGACUGUUAACCAAAGAGGUUGCAAGUGGAAGGACUGAAUCAAUAAACAAUUUGUCUUUUAUAAAAGAAAAAGUAAAGCUCCACCACUUUUUUAUGUU